AUGCAGUCCAUCGACAUGAACCAGACAUCUCGCAGCGGAACCCCAGAGCAAGCCGGCGCGCAUACCCAGCCCGCGCAGUCCGCAUCGGCCGCCAACCCAAGCGCGCCCAUGGAGAACCUCGCCGUGUCCGACAUGGCCACGACCGCCGCCGCCCCGCUCACCACCCUCCAGGUCAGCAUGGGCGGCUUCACCCGCUCCAUCCCGCUCACGACCCUCACUUUCCCCGACCACAUCACCAACACCUUCACUUUGUGGUCCGGCAGCCAUCCUGCCACCACCAUCGACGCGGCCACCAAUUCCUUCCGCGUCGAUCUCAACCUCCUCGCCUCCGCGGCCGCCGCCCUCCCCGCCGAGGUGCUCACCGAGCACCUGGACGCGCUGGUGGCGCUUGUUGGCACCCUGCAGCAGAACAAGACCGACGGCCUGACCGUCGCCAACCUAUGGCGGCUGGCCGGGAUCGACAAGGACGCGCUCGGCCUGGCCCGGUCGUGCAUCAACAUGAUGCAGACCUGGAUGGGUGUCUUUGUCGGCCGCCUCAAGAAGCCGGGUACCUGGCUCGACGGUCCCGGCGGCAUGGAAGAAGAAGAUGGGGAGGUGGUGGUAGGAGACGAGGAUUGGGAGAGGGCGCUGAAUGCCUGCUUCGUCUUCGGCUGGGAAGGGUGCUGGCGGGCGAUCGCGGCCCGCCUGGCCUACCUGUGCAGUUGGUCCGGCAAGAGGCUCGAGACGGAGGUGUGCGGCGCGGGGACGGCUGAGGCCAUCCUCGCGACCUGCAACCGCGUGCUCGAGCACUUCUUCGAGGGCGCCGACUCGGCCCUCCGCAAGUGGACGGCCCGCCUGGCAGCGCACCCAUGUACCAACAUGGUGUGCAACACACACCGGUUGGGGGCGCUCAACGGCUUCCUGGUCGCGUGCGGCCUGGCUCCGCGGCGCCAGGUGACGAAGGCGCUGGCCGAGAUGAUCUUGGCGCUCGAGCUGAUGGCCGCCGACAACCACGAGGCGGCGGCCGACCUCCGCAACACGUACGGCGGGUGGUGCGCGUUCUGCUGCGAACCCACCGAUACCAGCAUGCUGUUCCCGUUGGAAGACUUGCUCUGCGACCUGACCUGGGAGUUGCAGGCCCAGCUGGUCGAGUACACUGUCUAUCCGCGGGAGUAGACGGCUCCGGCUUUCGGCUGGGGUCGCUUUCCCGUCGGACCAGUGUACUCGAAACCACUGGGCCUUGCUAGAGGGGGAUAAUAGGGGAAGGCACGGGUAGGGUAUAGCCAGAUAGUGGGAUGAGACAUAAUGGGAAAAUAUCUGGCG